AUGGCCGGCCGUACAACGUACCACCACAUCGCCAGCAACUAUCCCGAUCCAUCGCACCGCCUCCCCAUGUCUGAUGCCAUCAGCGCCCUAAGAAAACAGUUUGCCGGUAGAAAGCAGCAGAGCAACCCCCUUUUCGUGGUAGAUCUUCGAGUGGGUCAGGGAUGCAUCGCACAGCAGGAAGAGUUUGUCCUUGGGAUCCUUUCUCGCCGCCAGCCAAACGUUGUUGCCCGCGUUUGA